AAAAAACAAAACCCAAACAACCCCUACCCUUACAGCACAGUUAAGAAAUUGGCAGUGCAAGAAGCCAGACUGCGUUUAAAGGAACAUGAAAAGCUAAAAGAAAAUUUUUACCAUCUCUGCAGUCUCAUAGGUGCCUGGAAAUGAAAGUAGAACUUCCUGUCUUUAACGGACUCUGACAGGGGUAAACUGGAUUAGGGACUGGCACGCCAGGGUUUUUGUUGUUGUUGCUGCUGCUGCUGGUGGUGCUUUUUUUUUUUUUUUAAACCAUCUUAAAUCCUGGAAAGAAAAAUGCAUCUCGGAAUUGAAUGAAUUGAUGGGUACACUCCAACUGCUGGGCUGCAGAGACUGAACUUGGUCUUUCCAUUUCUGCUUCUUUCAAAGAAGAGACAAGUUGGGAUUCCUUCUCAUUUAGCUUCUCUCCCUCUCCCUCACCCCAGCCCCACUCCCAACCUUCCCCUUGGUCCCCCACUUCUCUACCACCACCUUCCUUUGCAAAGAGAGGGUGACUGGGAAAGCAGAGUGCACAGGAGACUGACCGAGGAGGCAGAGAAGAUGGGACUCCUCAGCGUAGACUUGCUGAUCGCCCUGCAGAUCCUGCCAGUCUUUUUCUCCAACUGCCUCUUCCUGGCGCUCUAUGACUCGGUCAUUCUGCUCAAGCACGUGGCGCUGCUUCUCAGCCGCUCCAAGUCCACUCGCGGAGAGUGGAGGCGCAUGCUGACCUCAGAAGGGCUGCGCUGUGUCUGGAACAGCUUCCUCCUAGAUGCCUACAAACAGGUUAAACUGGGUGAAGAUGCUCCCAAUUCCAGUGUGGUGCACGUGUCCAAUCCUGAAGCAGGUAACAAUUAUGCCUCAGAGAAGACCGCUGAUGGGGCAGAAUGCCACCUUCUUGACUUUGCCAGUGCAGAGCGCCCACUGGUGGUCAACUUUGGUUCAGCCACCUGACCACCUUUCACUAGGCAACUGCCAGCCUUCCGCCAGCUGGUGGAAGAGUUCUCCUCGGUGGCUGACUUCCUGUUGGUAUACAUUGAUGAGGCUCACCCUUCAGAUGGCUGGGCAGUGCCUGGGGACUCCUCUCUGUCUUUUGAGGUUAAGAAGCAUCGGAACCAAGAGGACCGUUGUGCAGCAGCCCACCAACUCCUGGAGCGUUUCUCCUUGCCGCCCCAGUGUCAAGUUGUGGCUGACCGCAUGGACAAUAAUGCCAACGUAGCUUACGGGGUAGCCUUUGAACGUGUGUGCAUCGUGCAGAGACGGAAAAUUGCUUACUUAGGAGGGAAGGGCCCUUUUAGCUACAACCUACAAGAAGUCCGAAGUUGGCUGGAGAAUAAUUUCAGCAAGAUGAAUUCUAGAUUAGCUGGAUAAAAGCGUGAUUGUAAUAGAGUUUAUUAUUUUUUAAAAAAUAUGUAAAAGAAGUUGAGAACUGAACUGAAUCUAUUAUUUCAACUGAAUCCCAUUGCCUCACUGAAAGACAGGGACAUACCUGUCAGAAGAUCUUGAACCUCUUUAACAUCUCAAUACUAUCUUUAGUACACAAAUGACAUCUGGCUAAAUAGCAGCCCUGUUACCUCCCUUCGGAGUGAACUGAUCCAAACUGGAGUGCAAGAAACUCUGUUGCAGCCUGUGUUCAUUGCUUGUGAAAGAAGUGAUUCCGUCCUAUGUGUGCUCUGGGACCAGAGGACAAAAGUUCCCAGAAUACCUAUUGUUAAGGGAGCUACUACCUAUGAUCUGAUUAAGGGUAUUGUCUCAGCUUUAGUCACCAGAAAGAAACCCAACGGGAAAGUCCCCCAAAUACACUUAAAAUGUGAUUUUGAAGCCAUGCCAUAGUGAGGACUGAAGUGUUAGUUCUAGCCAUGCCAUGUUCUGUGUUAGUCUCUGUAGCCCUGAUUUCCCAAGUAUAUAUGUGGAUACCAAGAAUGGUUCCAACCUGGAGGGUUGAGAUGACAUCAGAAAUAUGGCAGACAGAGAAAGCACUGGGGAAAAACCAAUGAAUUUGACAAGCAAAGACAGAGGAAACAGAAAGAUGAGGAAAUUGCGUGGUGUUUUACCUGGAAGCUGUAGCUAAUAAGAGUGUUGUUCAGCGGUGUCAGAAUUGAGGCAUGUACACAGCUGGGAAAACAAAGGCAUUAAACUAAAAAGAGCACAGGCAAGAGGCACAUGGAAAGGAGGUGUGUAGCAAUGCUCCUAGACUGAAAGGAAGUAGGCGAUGGAGAAGAUGAACAUUUUUAAUGUGCAGAGAAGUACUUUAUGGGACUAUUUGUGAUAUACCCAUUUCAGUGGGUAAUACCAGUUCAAAGAAAAAUCCAGGGGGUCCAAUGCUGAUGUGUUGUCCCUGCCAAAUUCCCACACUUACAAUGCCACACCCCCUCCAUUCCUAACCUCUGGAGCAUUGUUUCCUCUGGGUGCUGAGUGAAGGGUGUAAAAGGCCAUUCAGUUUCUACACUCUCCAGUGGAAGAACUGUAAUGAUAAGCGAUUUCUUCACAUAACCAUGAGAACAAUUUACUCUGAUAAUCUCUACCCAUAGUUUUGAGGGCUUAAGACAAGCCUAUUCUUGGUACCACAGGAAUUUGGUUAAAUGGAAUUUCCUUUGACAUUUGAAUUUCAACUUGGUUCUUUUUUCUUCAACUGGGAUUAACACAUUAGUUGAAGUUUAAUAGCUGUGUACGUAACUAUGAUUAUACCGAUGAAUACAUAUCUCUUAAAAUACAAGCAGCACAGCUGUAUUUACAAGCAAUACCUAAAGAUCACAAUUUCAAAAA